UUCAGCGCAGCAUGGCUGUGGUCAUCCGCUUGCAAGGUCUCCCGAUUGUGGCGGGGACCAUGGACAUUCGCCACUUCUUCUCUGGAUUGACCAUUCCCGAUGGGGGCGUGCAUAUUGUAGGGGGUGAACUGGAUGGCCGCGUGCGUGUCCCGGGUGGAGCUGUCCGUGGCCUGCCGGAGCCUCCUCGACGGGGACCUGAGCUCCACGUCGGACCCCCUCUGCGUCCUGCUGCAGGACGCGGGCUAUGGCCGGUGGGCUGAGCUAGAUCACAAGGAAAAGGUCAAGAACUGCCAAGACCCUGAAUUCUGCAAGAAACUGGUGGUGGACUACUACUUUGAGAAAGUGUGGAAGCUGAAAUUUGGCGUGUAUGAUAUUGAUAACAAGUCCUUUGAUUUAAAUGAUGAUGACUACUUAGGAGGAAUUGAGUGCACGCUGGGACAGGUUGUGUCCAGCUCAGUGUUCACCCGACUGCUGGAAUUGAAGCAGGAAAAGCCAGCAGGAAAGGGCGCUAUUACGGAUUUCUUAGGUAAAUUGGAUCAAUUUCUGGAGUUUGACAAACAGAGCAACAGAGCUGGAGCAUGGCAGCUUCUGCACAGAGCAGAGGUCAUCAAGAACAACUUAAAUCCAUGCUGGAGGAAGUUCAGUUGUUCCUUGCAAACUUUCUGUGGUGGAGAUUUUAAUAAACCUAUCAAGGUGCAGUUUGCAAAUCAUGACAGUGAUGGCUCACAUGACUUGAUAGGCACUUUGGAAAUGACCCUGGCGCACAUGCAGACAGCUGAUGCUGGCUCUCUGGUGGAAUACGAAUGCAUUCAUCCUGAGAAAAAACAAAAGAAAAACAGCUACAAAAACUCUGGCAUUACUAGGAUAAAAUCCUGCAAGCAAUACUUUAUCUUGCUGAUCAUCACAGAUGGAGAGAUCACUGAUCUAGAUCAAACUAGGCAAACCAUUGUUAAUGUCUCUAAGCUGCCCAUGUUCAUUAUCAUUGUUGGUGUUGGUGAAGCCAAUUUUAAAGCAAUGGAAUUCCUUGAUGGAGACAACGGUGUUCUGAAAUCUGUGACAGGAGAGCCAGCUGCCUGGGACAUUGUCCAGUUUGUGCCUUUCCAACAGUUCAAAAAUGCUCCCCGGGAAGCACUUUCCCAGAUGGUUCUGGCUGAAGUGCCCAAGCAGCUAGCUGCUAUGAAUGGCAGGGGUGGCCCCCCUGAAACUGCCAGAUAUCAAGGUGACAGAGAUUCAGGCUAGCCCUGGCUACCUGUCACACUGGGGUGAAGAAGAGCUGCCUGCAGCCACACUCUCCCUUGCACGCUGUGGAUGCUCAGUGCCUCGAGGUUGCACCAGUCACACAACUUCUUUCAUCAGCUUGUGCUGAGUCUUUGAUAUUUCAAAGAUUUCUAUUGGAAGAAAAGUAAAUACAGAAAAACCUCCAAGUGCUGAAAGUUUUUGUCCCAGAAAGAUUGACCUUGUUGGUUUUCUACCUUGCAACAGCGACACUUUGUGACACAUCACACCACACCUAGUUGCUUUACACAGCCCAUCUGCUGCUUGCUAGUGGGGUGGGCCUCUGAACUGAGCUGCUCUAGUGCUGAGCCUGGUGAUAGAAGUGUUUGCUGUAAUGACACUUACCACGUGCUCCUUGAUAAGUGUCUUUUAUCAAGCUGCCUUUGAAAUGGAUGUGACCAAAGACUGUUGGUUGGAUGCCUGAGGUAGUUCUUGUUGUCUUCAUAAAGGGCCAGUAUAUUUUUAUGUUUCAGUCACCAUACUUUUCUGUGUUCUUUUUAAUCACAUUUUUCUAUUAGCAAAAUUUCUUUCUGUGAUGAACUCCUGCUUGAAGCCAUUGUUAUAGUUCAAGAACAUGGCACUUUGCUUAUUUAUGGGGGUUAAAUGAGAAUUAAUCAUUAAUUAAUGGGAUUGGGGUGAGAUUAAUGAGUCACAUUAAUGUGACUUUAAAAAUCCUGCAGUUAGAAACACUGAAAUUAAGAUGCUUUGAAUGAAUUCUUUAUAUCACACAAGUUACAAAAUGAAGAAGUAACUUAUCUGUGGAACUCCAAGGAGGUGCCACCUCAGUAGUAUGAAAUGUGCAUUACAUGAUCUGGGGACUGUAGAACAGGCACAUGAUAGCAAUGCACACAUGUUUUGAGGAAGAUGGUUCAUUUCCAAGUAGAGAUAAAGAAACUUGGGUUUGUCAUUGCACUACAAGUGUCAACACUUUCAGUUACAUAAAUAAAUAUUCUACUUUGACUUAGA